AUGGCGGUACCAUGGAGAGCUGUUCUUCUGACAAUUUGCAUUCUCCUCAUCCCGGCAGUCUUCGCAGCCGAAGCAUGGGAAGCGGACGCGGAUAUGAUGGAACUGCAGACAGAACUGCAUCAAUUGGAUCUCGCCGAGGACGAAACCGUCCCGCCCAUCGAAUUCGACACCUUCGAGCCUGUCAGACGAGAGCGCAUUCUCAAAUCCGCUAGCGCCGUGGACGAGGGAACUCCGUUAAACCGUACCGUCGUGGGGGCCACCAGCAAGCCGGAGAAGAAGACCGGUGGACACAAGAAGAAGGCAGGGGGUCACAAGAAGGGCGGCGGGCACAAGAAGGGCGGCGGGCACAAGAAGGGCGGCGGGCACAAGAAGGGCGGCGGGCACAAGAAGGGCGGCGGGCGCAAGAAGGGGAAGGGGAAGAGCGCGACAGAGGCCCCUGCGGCUAAGACACCCGUUGCACCCACCACGCCCGGAAAUUUCCCCAAACUACCAGCAUCUACAACCCCUCCCGCGGUUACCAAAACUCCCGUGGUUCCUAAGACGCCCGUUGUUCCCAAGACUCCUGUGGUUCCCAAAACUCCGGUUGUUCCUAAGACGCCUGUCGUUCCUCAGACGCCCGUGGUUCCUAAGACGCCUGUGGUUCCUAAGACGCCCGUGGCUCCUAAGACCCCCGUGGCUCCUAAGACCCCCGUGGCUCCUAAGACGCCUGUGGUUCCUAAGACGCCCGUGGUUCCUAAGACCCCCGUCGCUCCUAAGACGCCCGUCGUCCCCAAAACUCCCGUCGCCGUCGCAAAGAAGCCAGUCACGAAGCGUCCCAUCGCCGAAACCCCUGCUACGACCCCCGUCGUUCUGCCGAAGCGCCCAGUCAUCCCCACCGCGCCACGUGUCCCACCUGUCGAAGACCCCCCCGUGGUGGGGACGCGCGUGGGCGUGUGGAAUCUCCCCAACUACAAGAACCUCCCCGCGGUUCUCAAGCCUGCGUUGAUCACGUGGCCGAGCCCUAGCGCCACCUGCGUGACCCUCCCGCGCGGAUUCUACGCGAACCUGCACUCUGCGAAGGUGGUCUGGAACGUGGCGGAUAAGACGCACAACCACUUCAUCUGCCAGUCGGUUACAUUUUGGAUGAAGGCCGGGUGCACUGGCGGCGGAGUGUUCGUGAGCCUGCCUUUGCCUGCGGAUCCGAAUAAGUUCGACUAUCCGAUCUCUGCCGUUAAGGCGUUUCCUGCGGAGAACAGCCGCGCCGUAUCCGUCUCGUGCACUAUUGCCAAGAGCGCGUGCUCCACGGUUCGUUGCCCAGUCCAUUCCAAAUGCACCGUGACUCCCGCCGGUACUGCCGCGUGUACAUGCAAGCGUGGCUACACGUCCAUCGGCGGCAAGUGCAUCAACGUGUGCGCGUCCGUGAACUGCCCCGCGGGAGCGUCGUGCCAGGCCACCAACGGCAAGGCACUCUGCAUCUGCCGCAGCGGCAGCCCGCCCGUCGGCGGCAUCUGCAAAGAGGCGACCGGCACCUCCGCGGUUCUCGAGUAUAUUAUGGGGCAUAAUGCCGCUCGCAGCGCCGUCGGCCUCGCGCCGCUCGCGUGGAACGUGUCAUGUAAGCCAGCCGCCUCGCGUUUUCCCCACCUUGCCGCCAAGAGAACAUAUGUUUUGCGCUCCCCUACUCCUGCGCCCCUCCCGCACAUCUCUCGCACAUCUCCUGUGUCCGCGGGCGCUGCACCCCGUCCCCUCACCAUCGGUAUCCAUCUCAUUUCCUCUCUUUUCCCUUCUGCCCGCAGUGGCGCUGCGCGCGCAGAACUGGGCGCGCGUGCUGGCGAAGAAGAAUCAGUGCAUGCAGCUUGA